AUGGCGGGCAAGUCGGCGAAGCCGGCCACUGAUGGCGAGCUACUGCAACUGCUCCAGCCGCUCAACAGUCUGGCCAGUGCUAUUCACGAGCUGAAAGAAAAGAAUCGCAAACACGAGCUCUUCAAUCAUCUGUCGGCACUCUCGGAGAGCGCCAAUGUGCUCGCCUGGCUAGCUGUCGCUCCGACGCCGGCGCCAUUCGCCAAGGAGGUCGCCGACAUGACGCAGUUCUUCACCAACAAGAUCCUGGUCGCCUACAAGGAGAAGCCGGAGCUGGCCCAUCACGUCACCUGGGCCCGGACGCUGAUUGUCUUUCUGCAGUCGCUGCAGCAGUACAUUCGCAAGCACCACACUACGGGCCUAGUUUGGGCCUCGGUGGCGACGAUCCCCGGUGGUGUUGGUGGUGCACCGCCUCCGCCCCCUCCUCCGUGCAACCUCAACCUAGGCCCCUCGGCUCACGGGGGCGGCGACAAGGCGAUGGAUGACGCCCGGGCUGCGCUCUUCGCCGACNGGUCGCCUACAAGGAGAAGCCGGAGCUGGCCCAUCACGUCACCUGGGCCCGGACGCUGA